GUUGUUUGUGUUCCUCCCUCUGCCGGCAUUGGUGUUGUUGUCGACUGAUCCUCCAUUACAGCAGCUUUCUCGUUUCGUUGACCGGCACUUUUGAGCUAAAGUUUCUUUACAAUGUUGGCCUUUGCGCCAAAGAAGGACGGUGGUCCGAAUACCAAAUAUUUUGAAAGUCCAGAAACGCUAACUCAGUUGGACGGAGUGCGUAGCUGGUUAAUGAAAAACUGCAAAAAGCAUGUGCAAACGGAACCACCUUCAAAUAAAUCCCUGUCAUCAUUGAUCAUUCAGCUGAUACAGUUCCAGGAAGAUAACUUAGGAAAAAAUUCUACCAAACCACCGAUGACUAGAUUGCCUGCGAGAUGUUUCCUUGACUUCAAACCUGGAGGUGCACUGUGUCAUAUUUUCGCGGCAGCAUUUAAAUUCAGAACCGACCAAGGAUGGAGGCGGUUCGAUUUCCAGUCGCCCUCUCGAUUAGAGCGCAACUUGGAACUUUUCGCAAGCAUGGAAAAAACGCUUGUCCAGAACAAGUGCAUCAUUCUUCCUGUUGUAUUCUUGCGGCCUGAUCUUGACAAAGCGACGCAGUCCAAGAUCCGUGAAACAGUGAAACGUCACCAGGGAACAAUCACAGAGAACGAGGACCAAGCGACGCACAUAGUUUAUCCAGCAUGCGACCCUCUUGACGAGGAAUACGCACGGCCACUCUUCCAUCGUGACAGAAUGGUUUUGCUUCAUUGGUACUACUUCCCUGAUAGCUACGACUCCUGGGUUUCUGCUGAACUUCCUGUUGAACCGCCUGACUCGCCACAGAGCAAAAGUGGUCCCUGGAGGGUUAACGCGUCGUGGAUCAACGAACUGGAUGAGUACAACGAAUGGUUGACCGAAGAAGACUAUGAGGUGGAUGAAAGCGGCAAAAAGAAAGUGCACAAGCUGCGAUUGUCUGUGGAGGACAUGAUGAGCCUGGGAGAUCCAGAGCGAACAAAGAAAAAGCCCAAGAGAAAGAGGUCGCCGUCUCCUCCUCCAAAGCCAGGAAAACGCAAGAGCGGGCGUGCUCCAGGCGUGGGCGGAAAGAAGCAUCGUGGGGAAGAAGACGAUGAUGAAGCUAGCAAAGACGCCGAAGAAAGCUCGCAGGACCACAGCAUCAUUCAGGAGGUUAAUCUUAAAACAGGCACCGGCUCCAACAACACUUCCAACCCGUCAAAUGCGUCGCGCGCCAAGGACUCUGAAAUGCAGCCAAUUAAGGGUGGCGUUGUGCUAGACCUCGACGAGGAUGCCGAGAAAGGAGAGGAUUCUCAAACAGGCCGCGGUCAGGAAGGACAAGAUGCCCCCAAGGAUGAUGGCCAAGAGGAUAAUGUCACUGAGCAGACCCAUCACAUCGUCAUACCAAGCUACGCAGCCUGGUUUGACUACAACUCGAUUCACACGGUCGAACGGCGAGCCGUUUACGAGUUCUUUAAUGGGAAGAAUCGCUCCAAGACGCCAGAAAUCUAUCUGGCUUACAGGAAUUUCAUGGUGGACACUUAUCGGCUAAAUCCAACCGAGUAUCUCACCAGCACGGCAUGCAGAAGAAACCUUGCUGGCGAUGUUUGCGCCAUCAUGCGCGUACAUGCUUUUCUUGAACAGUGGGGUCUUGUCAACUACCAAGUUGAUGCUGAAAGUCGUCCAACACCCAUGGGUCCUCCACCCACUUCUCACUUCCAUGUCCUAGCAGACACUCCAAGUGGCUUGGCUCCAGUGAAUCCUCCGAAGACCCCGCAGCCAUCUGCUGCUAAAACUCUGUUAGAUUUGGAUAAAAAGGAUCCAAAGAUUAAAACAGAAGGCGAAGCAGAAGCGAUUGGCACAAACUUUGGUCUCAAACUGGAUCAGUACACCAAAAAGCCAGCUGCAAUGAGAAACAAAACUGCGGCAAACAUGGCUCGAGAUUGGACAGAGCAAGAGACGCUGAUGCUCUUGGAGGGUUUAGAGCUUUAUAAGGAUGAUUGGAACAAGGUGUGCGAACAUGUUGGAAGUCGCACCCAAGAUGAGUGCAUUUUGCAUUUCCUCCGCCUGCCCAUUGAGGAUCCAUACCUAGAAGGCGCCGAGGACAAUGGAUGGCUGGGGCCGCUCGCUUUCCAACCAAUUCCAUUCAGCCAAGCUGGAAACCCAAUCAUGUCAACCGUGGCGUUUUUGGCGUCUGUUGUUGAUCCACGCAUCGCCUCAAGCGCAGCCAAGGCUGCCAUGCAAGAGUUCUCCAAUAUAAGAGACGAAGUACCAGCAGCGUUGCUGGAUGCCCACCUUCAGAGGGUCGCAGCGUCUGGCAAGGAUGGUGAAUAUGAUCCAAGUGCGGGAUUGCUUCAAAGUGGUAUUGCUGGAACAGCUGCUCCUGGUGAUGAGAAAGGUGACGGCGAUGAAAAGAAGGAAGAUGAUAAGGAGGGAGAGGAAAAGGUACCAAGUCUUGUGAUUUCUCAUUUAUCAUUACACAUUAGUCACAUGUACGGGUUGUUCAUGCUUGGUUUCUUUCAGGAGAAGAGUGAGGACAAAGAGGACGCAGAAAAGAAAGAAACAGAUAAGAAGGAGGAAUCUAUGGAAGUCGAUAAAGAGGAUAAGCCAAAAGAAGAGGAUGAAGAGCCAAAAGAUGCUGAAGAUUUGGAUACUGAAGCCAAGGAAUCAGAGGAAGAGGCUAAGGAGAAAGACCCUGCUGUGGUUGCUAAGGAGCGCAUCAUCAAGGACGCGCAGCUCCAGUCAGCUGCGGCUGCCGCAUUAGCCGCUGCCGCUGUCAAAGCCAAGCACCUGGCCGCUGUCGAGGAACGCAAAAUAAAAUCUUUGGUUGCACUUCUUGUCGAGACGCAAAUGAAGAAACUUGAAAUAAAGCUGCGUCACUUUGAAGAGCUCGAAACAACCAUGGAACGAGAGCGUGAAGGUUUGGAAUACCAGCGACAGCAAUUAAUCGCUGAGCGGCAGCAGUUCCAUUUGGAACAGCUGAAGGCAGCCGAAUUCCGUGCGCGUCAACAAGCGCAUCAGCGAGCCGCCGCCGAGCAACACUUGUGGGCUCAGCAGCAGGCCCAGCAACCCCCGGGCGUUCCAGCUGCCCCCUCGGCCGGCCCCCAGGUUAGCCAAGACACUCCCGGAUCGCCUCAGGCAGUAGCGGUAAUUCCGGGUGCGGCCAUCCCUCCACCAACGCUGCCGCCGCCAGUUAACCAAGCGGCGCAGCCAACGGCCGUUGCUGCCCCUGUUGUGGCCGCCCCUGGAGCUCCCAUUCCUGUCGGAGGAGGCAUACUGCCUGGAGGCUCUCCCCCGCCAGCUCAAGCUCAAGUCGCCCCUGUUGCGUCUGAUGCUUGAGCACAAAUUUGCCCGCUCUUUUUUGUAAAAUGUAUUUUUUAAAAUCUUGAUUUCUAUGGGGACAGAGGUCUCAAUCAUUCACGCAAGCCAGCUGGCUUAUAUACUUUUUAAAUUUUGAAAAGUUGUUUUUAUUUUCUCUGAGAGACACUUGGUCACAUGCAGUUUUUGAACUAACUAUUCUAAUGAAUAUUAUAUUGUACGAAUUGAAAUCUGAGUUUCUCACAAUAUUAUGCACAUUCUUCUUGGGUAGAUAGGCUUUGGGCUGCUUGCGAGUAAUAGCCACUGGCAAGGCAUUAUUAGUUUUCUUCUAUGGCCGUACUCAAUAUUUAUGUAUGUAACCUAAAUUUAAAUAAAGAUCAUGUGCUUAAGGAAGAAAAA